CAAAUUGCAUCACUAAUAUCCUUCCGCCAUCAGAGAGCCCCAAAACCCUUUUUCCUGAACCUAAAACCUCGCUAGCAAGAGAAACCCAGAGGGCAAUGGCGAGCAAGAAACCGAAAGCUCCCAAGCGAAAGAAGCCGCAAGACCACUCCCCAUCCAAACCCCUCUCACGCCAUUCCAUCAAGAAGAAGAAGCCGAAGAAGAGCAAAAACCCUAAUCACAUACCUCUCGGCAAGAACAAAACCCUAGCCGAGAAGAUGAAGAAUAGAGCGGAGGAGAAGAAGAAAAGUGGAGAAGCCGGCAGUGAUACCGUCCUCCUCUCCACUGCUCCAGCGGCCGAGCAGCUCCGCUUCUUCCUCAACCUGUUCCAAUCCGCGAACAAAAUCAAGCUCUCCCCUCUCGAGUUGGAGGCCUUCAAAGAUACUUCCAUGGUUAGACUUGCUGAAGAUAUGGAUCAGGAUGUGGAGAAUUUAAGCAAGCAUAUGAAGGCUAUUUUCGGAACUUUGUGGAAGGAAGUGCUUUGCGAGGGGAACCUUUCGGAGGGAACAAUUGAUGCAGGGAGUCCGGCAGUACUUAUUAUUAGCACAUCUGCUUUGAGGUCAUUGGAGCUUCUCAGAGGUUUGAAACCAUUAACAAGAGAAUGCCGCCCAGCAAAGCUUUUUGCAAAACAUCUGAAAGUGGAAGAGCAGGUUGGCUUACUUAAGAGUCGAGUAAAUUUUGCUAGUGGUACACCAAGCAGGAUCAAGAAGUUAAUUGACAUGGAUGCAUUGUCCCUUUCACGCCUUGCUGUGGUUGUUCUCGACAUGCACAGAGAUGUGAAGGGUUAUUCACUGUUGACACUACCACAAGUCAGUGCUGAGUUUUGGGACUUGUAUAGAAGUCAUUUACUUCAAAGACUUCUUCAAGGUGACACACGGAUAUGUUUAUACGGAGUGAUACCUAGCGGUCAGAUUAAAAAAGUGGUUAAGGAUAAUGAAUGAUUACCAGCCUAUUUCAUACAUGUGAUUGCAAUUUGUUGCAGCGGUUAACAUUUACCUCUCCUGCAGAUUUUUUUUAAAAGAAGUUUGUUGUCUGUUCUCUGUACCUGUGUUGAAUUAAAUAUUGCAAUUCAGGUAAUCUUGUGUAAAAAUAAUAUUUUCAUGCCUUUCUGGAUUCUUCCAUAUUUCAUUUAGCUUGAUUCAUAAAUGAAACUUUAUAUAUUUUGAAAUCUAACAAGUAUGCAUGUAAUAUGUUAACUUUUGCA